ACAGAGAGCGCACAGAGCCCGAGUCACUCCGGCGGUGAGCCCAGUGAAGCGGAGAUUCAGGAAGCGAGGCUGGAACUGUUUGGCAGCAUGUCGCCCACCUCUUCUGAUUCCUCUUCGGCCUCCUCGCCGGGUUCUUCGCCUCAGUCGGGGCUGGCUGAAGUCUCCAAGGAGGCGGAGGCAGCAUCUGCUAUGGCGCCUGGAGCGGACGCACUGACGACAGAACCUCUGCUUCGAUUGCUUCGUUGUUGGUUUGCGCUCCUUCUGGAAGCCCAAUCAUCACCGUCAGUUGGUUUCGGUGAUGGGCGUCGACUACGCGAUCAUCUAGACUUCUAUCUACUGCGGGCAGAUUCUGGUCUCCGACGACACUGUGUCCAGGCCAGACAUCGGUUGGUUCUGGGACUGCAACUUCUGUCCGCAGGCUCAGAGUACAUAGCAGACACAGAAGAAUUUGGGCGACGUCUUUCCGUUGCCCUGGGUACCACCUAUACGCCCCCAGUGACUGCUACGACGACCACAGCAACAACGCGGCCAUCUUCUGUCGCCGCUAGCACGAACACCGAUGUCUCCUCGGCUGUCCUCGGUCCGACUGCGACCACUGAGACUACUCACUAUUCCACCACCACUACAACCACUUCCGGUGCAGUCUCUGAAAUGGAUUUUGAAGAUGACUGA